CGCCGACAUGUCGCAGCUGCUGAGGUUCGACAUGCGCCUGCUGUCACCGGAGCGCUGACGGCUGCUCAAGGCGAAGGGGGACAGUCCGGCACCGGAGCGGCGCUGCGCCGGCGAGGAGCCGGACGAGAUGCCGCCGGAUCCCCCGCCCGCCACCACCCCCAACGACGCCACCACCCCGCCGGCGCCCAAGGCCCGCUCGGUGGUGGUGUCGCUGACGCCGGCGCGGCAGCGCGAGACGUGGGCCAAGAAGGCGGAGUUCCUGCUGGCAGUCGUGGGCUUCGCCGUCGACUUGGGCAACGUCUGGCGCUUCCCUUACAUCUGCUACCAGAACGGUGGAGGGGCAUUCCUGAUCCCGUACUGCGUGAUGCUGCUGUUCGGCGGGCUGCCGCUCUUCUUCAUGGAGCUGGCGCUGGGCCAGUACCACCGCUGCGGCUGCCUGACGCUCUGGAAACGCAUCUGCCCCGCCCUCAAAGGAGUCGGUUACGCCAUCUGCAUGAUCGACAUCUACAUGGGCAUGUACUAUAACACCAUCAUCGGCUGGGCGGUCUACUAUCUGGUGGCUUCCCUGGCUUCCAUCAACUCCGAACUGCCUUGGACCAGCUGUGACAACCCUUGGAACACCCCCCUCUGCUCGCCUGUCACCGCGCAACAGACCAACCCCAACGCUUCCACCCCUGCCAAGGAGUUUUUCGAACGCAACGUGCUGGAGCAGCAGCGAUCCAACGGGCUGGACGACAUGGGCCCCAUCAAACCAUCGCUGGCUCUUUGCGUGUUUGGCGUCUUUGUGCUCGUCUACUUCUCGCUUUGGAAAGGAGUGCGCAGUGCUGGCAAGGUGGUGUGGGUGACAGCGCUGGCCCCGUACGUAGUGCUGCUGAUCCUGCUGGCGCGGGGCGUGACCCUGCCCGGCGCCACCGAGGGCAUCCGCUACUAUCUCACUCCCGAGUGGCACAAGCUAAAGAACUCUAAGGUGUGGAUCGACGCAGCAUCGCAGAUCUUCUUCUCCCUGGGUCCGGGGUUCGGCACGCUGCUGGCGCUGUCCUCCUACAACAAAUUCAACAACAACUGCUAUCGCGAUGCGCUUGUCACCUCCUCCAUCAACUGUCUCACCAGCUUCCUCGCGGGAUUUGUCAUAUUCUCCGUUCUAGGGUAUAUGGCUCACGUGCAAAACAAGAGCAUAGAGGAGGUGGGGCUGGAAGGCCCGGGGCUGGUGUUCAUAGUAUACCCCGAGGCCAUUGCUACCAUGACCGGCUCCGUCUUCUGGGCCAUCAUCUUCUUCCUGAUGCUGAUCACGCUGGGUCUGGACAGCACCUUCGGAGGUUUGGAGGCGGUGACGACGGCCCUCUGCGACGAGUAUCCGCGAGCGUUGGGCCGACACAGGGAGAUCUUCGUGGCUGUCCUGCUGAGCCUCAUUUACAUCUGCGCGCUGCCCACUACCACCUUCGGCGGCGUGUACCUAGUGGACCUGCUGAACGUGUACGGGCCGGGGCUGGCCAUCCUGUUCGUGGUGUUUGCAGAGGCGGCCGGCGUCUGCUGGGUAUACGGCGUUGAUCGCUUCUCGCAGGACGUCAAGACUAUGCUGGGCCACGAACCGGGCUGGUUCUGGCGCGCCUGCUGGUCCUACAUCAGUCCCGUGUUCCUGCUAGUGCUGUUCGUGUUCUCGCUCCUGGCGCACGAGGAAAUGCUGGGCGGCGAGUACGUGUACCCCGCCUGGUCCAUCCAGGUGGGCUGGCUGCUGACCGGGACAACCGUCUCCGCCAUCCCCCUCUACAUCGUCUACAAGUUCCUCAUCACCCCGGGCAACUUCUACAACCGCAUCAAGACGAUCAUGAACCCAGAGGUGACGACAAUACCCCCAGCAGACGCGUCUCUCUGCAGCCUGUGACCAGCCCCGGCGCCGCCGCUUUACGCCAAGCCGCCCACAGAGUGGCUGGUCUGAGCCACACUAACAACCAUUGCUGGUUCACAACGUGGCAGUUACUGAAACAACCUUUUUAGCUGGAUGCUGCCACCACUUUUUUUAUCUCGAUGGAUGCCAAACCAGCUAAACUCUUUCUCAAAGUGAGGCGCACACACCUGCUGCUUUACAACGUGGCAGUUAAUAGCUAAAGAACAAUUUUUUUUAGCUGAUGGCCAACAUUAUUUAACUAUAGUACUUAUGUUUGUUACGGAAUGUAUUCUUACUAAUAUAAAAGCAAAUAAACAUUUUUUUUUAUUAUUAUUAAAAAUGGGCUUACUCUUGACCACAGACUAGCCAAAGGCAAAGACGUGGCCUACGAUGGAGUGAGCUCGCCCAGAAGAUGCCUGUAAAAGUUCACUAAAAGUUCUUCAAAAACUGUUAUUUGUUUAACUUUUAGCAUGGCUGGUUUGGAAUUAUCGAGAUGAUCGAUUUUUACUUCCUAUUCACAUUUAGCUUUUUAAAUUGACUUAUUGAACGAUCUCAGAUUUAGAUCUUAAUUUGACAAGUUUUAAGACGUUAAUCUCUAGAUAUAAUAUUAACAUUGUUAGCAACUAUACAUAUAACGAACCAAAGAUAAUAAGUAUUUAAAAUAACUUUGUAAAAAUGUAUUGCUUUCUUUAGAAAAAGUCGAAUUUAAGGAAAGCCAAACAUAGCUGUAAGAUAAUCAGCGAGUUGAUGUUUACUCGCUUCUGACUUUAUUGACACAAGGGAAUAAGGUAAAGAAUUAUUAUUUUAUAAACAUUUUACUCAUCUGACGGGACGUCUGUAUAUACUUAGCAAGUGUUUUAAAAACAAAUAUGUCAUAGCCGUAUAAUAAUCUUUUUCAAAGAUGUCACAAAAAUGUAUAACAUUUGGUAGAUGUAAGCGUAGGAUAAUAAAAUGUAUGUUGUGUAAAUAUCAUAUUAUGCUGGGAAGACUAUAACUGAAUUGUGCAAUAUUAUCUUUGAAGAAUGCUUUACGCGACAUAUAAUAAGCAAACCCCUUGUACAUACCUAUACAUAAAAUAUAUAAUGUAAUAAUAUAUCUACGUGCAUUUCUGUAUUCUAGGGCAAUGAAUAUGGAGAUGCUGUAGCGUAGUGUAAUGUAGACCAAAUAAUGGAUGUAUGUGUGUAGAUUAUAUGUUACAUGUGUAAUAAUGACGACAAGUGUAAUGGGAUCACAAACAUAGCUAACAAGUCUAGUCAACAUAGUCGUGUGCCAGACAACGUUUAAGAUUUUAGUAAUAUAACAUAACUUUUUAAUAAACUAGUUUAAAUAUGACUAUAGCAAUGUUAAAUUAUAUUUAACUUUUUAAUGGAAAACAUAAAUUUUUAAAAUAGAAAAUAGCGCUCAAAAGCUUCUUAUGAAACCUUCUAUAGUUACAUAUAACGAUGAAUACAUACUCAUAUACAUAAACUUUAUGAAGUAGAUAUAUAGCCUAAUGAAUACUUGACAUAUAUAUUGUUGAUAGUAUCUUUGCUUGUUAGGUGAAUCGUUCCAUUUUGAUGUAAACAUAGAAUUAUCUCUUACAUUUCAAGUACUUAAUAUCGGUAGCGUUGUGAUUUCAUAUAUAAAUAUAAUAUAGUAUCGAAUGACGUAGCGUGUUCACAAGUAAUAACAAAUAUACAUAGAGUAGUUAUAGAUGUGUUAAGUGUUUUUAUAAAAAAAUAUGAAAAUGUUCAUAUACCCACGGAGUAUAUUUUGAGGAUUAUUUGUAUGUUUUGUUAUAAGUGUUGGAUAAGUAUAGUAGUGUGUUCAUAGUUCGUCUCGUUGUCGUGUCGCGUGUCGUGUCGUGGUAGGUAAUACACGCAAAUGCGUAGACUCGUCUUGCAUCAGCCAUUGCAAGCUAGUCUGACAUUUGUUCUAAAA